AAAGUGUGUCGCGCACCACGUUCUGUACCCAGCAUAACUCGCAGCUGCGUGCAUAACUCACCACUCGGAAGGUUGCCAAGCGCCCGCAACAGCAAGACGGGCGGCGAUCCCGAAAUGAUUUUGCAUUUUGCCCAUGAAUUUGAUUCGAAUCGCAGUUCGGGAGACGAGAAUAAUCAAAUAAUUACAUCAAUAGUGCCGAUCCACACUUUCGAUCGGAAAGCUCCAAAAUUAAACACCCAACUCGUGUUUCUCCCUCUUAAUCGUCGACUCUUCCCGAUUUUCCGCGCGAGGAAUGCUAGAUACACCUCGCCUCCCAACCUGACCCUCGUUUGAAGAAACCCUGCGCAGGGCCUUGAGAUUGGUUUGAUCUAGAGGAGAUACUAAGCCGAAUGUCGAACCCCGCCCGACCGGAGGCAGCGCCUAACGACGCCUCACUAGCAUCCAGCGCAGACGACUCCGCUAUGCCGGGGAAGGAGGUUCCCGCGUCUCGGACACGCGCAAAGUUGCCCGGAUGGUUGGAUCACUUCAAUGCACGCGAUCUAAAGAUUCUCUUUCGCUGUACAGUGGCAGCAUGGGUCGCUUCUUUGUUGAUCUUUAUCGGCCCGUCCUUGCGCACGAUCGGGACGGCCACUUUCUUCGCGACAUUGGUACUUUUCAUGGUGCCUCCCAAUGGCAUUGUUUUCAUCUUCAUCCUCGGAACUCUGACCCUCAUCCUUGGCAUGAGCCUCGGAUGGGGUUGGGGUGUGAUCGCGAUGAAGGCGGCUCUCGCUGCGCGACCGGCUGCUGAUACUCAGGCGAAACUACAGGCCCUGGGCCAACACGCUUAUAGCGUGGCUAAUUCGACUGGCCAGCCCGUUGCAACGAUCCAGCAACAGCUUAUCUACGAAGGCUGGAUGCUAGACGCUCGCGUAACGGCUGUCUACUUUUGCUUAAUUUGUUUCCUGAUCUAUGUCCUGGCACGCCUUCGAGCUAAAAAUCCCAAGUUCGCUCUGUUCCAGAUUUUUGGAACCAUCGUUAUGGAUAUUUUCAUCACCAUUGGGCCACUGCUCCCCUCUUUCAGUGGAACUAUUCCCAAGGUUCUCAUUGAGCCAGCAGCGAUUGGGAUUGGGAUUGGAUUGGCUUGUAACAUCCUGUUCUUCCCAACAUCGACUUCAUAUACCGUCCUUGAGGGUAUGGAAGGAGUUGUACGGCUCCUUAGAGGCCCCUUGGAUGUGACCGUGACCAGUUUAAUUGACGGUGAACAUCUGGUACUGAAAGACCUGCAAAAAAUAAAGAUGAAAUCUCUUGGGGCGUACAAGAAUGUCGAGCCAGCGCUCGCCUUCUUACCACUGGACUUUUCGGUGAGUCGGUGGAAUUCGGACGAUGUCCACAGCUUGAAAGAACCUAUCCGGCGAGCUUUGCUGAAUACUCUAUCGCUGCUGGAGUUUCACAUUUCUCGCGUCGGGGGAGAGGAAAAAUUAGAGAAACUCCGUGCAAUCACGGCAGAGUACAACCAGUACUCUGAGCUUGAAACAACGGAGAAAAAGGGAGGAAAGGCACAACUGCGCGAAGCGGGUAUGCGCCAAUUACUUGAGAGCCUUACUCUUGUGAAGGCCUUUACUACCCCUGAGCAUGAGGCUCUUCGAGAGGAAAUGCUUAACGCUAUUCGGCAACCUUGUACGAAGAUUCUACCAGCUUGCCAGGACGCGAGUACUCUAGUUGCUGACUGCAUCCGUGCGGUGAAUUCCUCACGAUGGUUCGGGAAACUAUCCAAGACUCGAAUGGAUGAGCUCCUCCAGCGCAGUGAAUCUUCCUUGGAGACCCUCAGAGCUCUGCGUGUCUCAUUUGCAUCAGAAACAACAGAUCGCCUCAUCCAGACCAAUGCAGACAUCUUUGAUGAAAGUGGCAAGCUGAAGAAUAUGGACGAUCUCACGAUGCACAAGGUGCGAGGAAUUGCCGUGGGCAUGGUCUUUGAAGAACAGAUUCUUGGAGUCUCGGACGCCUGGGAAAAAGCUUUGGAACAAAUUGUCGCGCUGAUGAAGGAACGCCAACGUAUUCGCCUGUGGUUUCCUCGAGGACUGCGGUAUGCCUUCAACUGGGUGUUCCACAAAGCCGCCGUUGCCCCUGUUAUUGCUGCCCAGUCUCCAGUGGCUGACCCCGAUGUGGUCGAGGAGCAGUCGAAAGCGGCCCAGCAAAGUCUUAAUAUGAGCCGAGGAUACAAGACCAAACGACGCAGCGGCCUUGGACGUGUUAUACUCAGCACAUAUCACUGGCUUAUCAAUGCUGAUGGAAUGUAUGCGAUGCGCAUAGUAGUUGUCACUAUUGCACUCGCAAUUCCGGCAGUAAUCCCAUCCAGUGCAGGCUUCUACUACCGCGAGAAAGGUCUUUGGGCUUUGAUCAUGGGCCAGACCACAGUUGUCGUGUACAUGUCGGACUUUAGUUUAUCGAUCGCCUCUCGUUUCGUGGGAACUGUGGUCGGAGGCGUCGCAGGGUUGGUGGCUUGGUACAUUGGUUCGGGUCAUGGCUCUGGAAACCCGUACGGGCUUGCUGCGAUCAUGGCUGCGGUACUCCUACUUCUUAUGUGGGGGCGUCUUUUCGCACCUCCCGCGCUUUUGCAAGCGACAAUGAUGGGUGGUGCAACCUGUAUCUUGGUGAUUGGAUACAGCUACGAUGACACGCACAUACCAUCAUACGGGAAUCCCGGUUGGGGGUACAAUGUCUUCUGGCGAAGACUCGUGCUUGUGUUGAUUGGAGGUGCAGCGGCUUUGAUCGUGCAGAUUUUCCCCCGACCACCCUCCGCGGCACGACAUAUCUGCAAGUCAAUGUCAAACUCCAUCCGAGCACUCUCUGAUCAUUAUGCACUUCUCCUGUCAUGCUGGGGUCAGCCAGACCGUGACGAAGGUCUCAUGGCCGAGCAGCUAGCACUCGACCUCGCAGAAGCCCUGUCAGCCCUUGAUGGUCCUGUUGCCCUGCUUCGUCUCGAAUUUUCUAGUUCCCCCUUCGACAGUGAUACUCUUGCCCAAGUCAAGUCCCUUUGCCACGCAUUGAACCAACACCUCGGACGGCUGCUCUAUCUAUCAGCUUCUUUACCUGAGCACUUCCAAGGACUCCUUGCCCGCCGCACUGGUCUUCUAGACCACCGCAAUAUCGGUGAUGUCAUGGCGGUCCUGGGAAUCGUGGAGCAGGCCCUGAAGACUGGCGAUCCUCUUCCCGAGGUGCUUCCCACACCACUCCUCAAACGCUGCUAUGAGUUCUGGCAAGUUCAUCAAGUCGAAAUCGAGCUCAGCACGGAUCUGAUAAGGGACGAGAACUACCGUCGCUUCUGUGUUGCUAUGACCGCCUAUCUCAAGUUCUUGGGUUCAGUUGAUGAUUUGGUGCUCGUGAUGAAGGGCACGUUGGGAGAGUCGCAUAUCGUGAGACGGGAGCUGAUGCACGAUGUGACUGUCUAAUAUGUCUAAUAUCGAUCGUUAUUCUUGUUUCUAGUUUACUCAUUUUGGUCAUAGAGCUCAUUCAGCUGUCUUCACAAUAUAUAGCAUUAAUUUGAUACAGAUAACUGGUACAAACAACAUUACGACG